UUCGUCACCAAGCACGCGGUUCUAAAUAUAGAUUUCCUGUAGUUUCCCAGCGUUAAAAAUAGUAACAAAAAUGCGCGGACGUUGUAGAAGUUAUGCAGACGGUGUAAACAAAGAUGGCCGCGAAUAACGAGAAAAAGAGAAAUCCAAACUUUUCAAAAGAAGAAUGUUUGUUAAUUUGCAAGCUGAUGGGGGAGGAGAGUGGCCACGGCAUGUCAAAACACGCCUUUUAUAAGAAAGGCUAUACUUCAAGAAUCACCUCAGAGACGAAAAGAAAAAUGUGGGAGACUGUUGAGAGAAGCUUCAAUGUCCAAUCUACAGGAAUACAUAGAACUGUAGACCUUCUAACUAAGAAGUGGGACAACUUGACCCAAGUCCACCGCCCUAAGUUCAUGGACUACAAAAGGCAGCUUCAUCUGACAGAUUUGACAAAUGCUGUCAUUGAUGUUAUUGGCAGGGAUGGCUGUGCCAUGGAUGGAAUCGGUGGAUCAGAAGAAUUUGAUUCAACAUGUAUACAGGAAAGCCAAAGCAGAUCAGAUGUUGGUCUCAAUUCACAGCCUGUAUAUCAGUUUGUAAAUGAUUACACGACAUAUCAGCCAGUGUUGGAGGCAGAUGAGGUUCCUGCCACGUUUCAUCUUUCAAGACCUGAGGCUAGCACGACUUCCAAAGUGUUCACAAACUCUACAUCAUGCAAUCAAUGUUGCUGUCAGGAGUGUAAAGCAAUCAGGCAGCUGCAAAAAAGAAAAUUAGAAUUAGAAGUGGCUAUUUUAGCAUACAAUUAA